AAAACAUCGAUUGUCGGGCACCUCUAUUUUAUAAAAUUAAUACAAAGAGUACACAUAAAACGAAACGAAAAACACAGCGCAGGCUGAACGGUCAUUUAAAUUAAGAGUGCAGUCAACGCGGAUUAAGCGCAGUCACCUCGAGUUUUUGGCAUUCGAUCCACAGGACAGCAUCAACAGCAAGAGCAACAAUAACAAUCAACUACGCACCGAACCGAACCCCAGGUACCGACCGAUUAACGCCUUCCCCGAUCCCGACGCCUGCCCGCACUUUUGCACACUCGCACACACACACCAGUGCACGCACACUCGCCAGCCAGCACCCUUCGCUAGCUCGCCGCUCUCCCCCUCGCAUAGACACUCAUAUAUACGAAAGAACCCACGCACACACACACUCGCAGAUAUCAUCUAUCCGGACGGAGUGGACAGACCGACCAACCGACGGGCAUUCAUUAUCACCGCAGCCCAAAACACACACAAACACACACACACGGCAGUGCUAUUGUUGUCUGCUGGCUUUCGACUGCCCACCACCACCCAGCCCACCCAGCCAGCUCCUGCUCCAGCUCGGCGCCCCGUCAAAGGAGUCGCAAGCAGACAAAGGAGCAGCGCAGCGCUCGCCGGCGGUAGGGGGAGUGGCCGGAACUGUCCGGCGCAAGUGCGUCACACAGGCACCAGGCAUCAAAGGAGCCCAGAAAUCGAAAUCAAAGGAGGAGCCGGGGACUGUAGCGGUAGCGGCUAGAGGAGAGGCGGAGGAGGAGGAGCAGCAGCAGCAGUAGCCGGAGCAGGAGGGGUUCCCUAUGGGUCAAAAGGCGAGCACACCGGCGACCAGUGGCCAGCAGAGCCCGCGCUCAAGAACAUUCUCGAGCAGCUCCACGGGAGCCGCUGACACAUCUCCACAAGGUGCGGACUCGGGUGUCGUCGGCAGUCGCCAUGUCGUCGGCGGUGAUGGCGGCCAGGGAUUUAAUUUGUUGCGCACGCUGCCGGGACUCCAGGUGUACCACAACCAGAACUCCACUUCCAUAGACAGGCAGAGGGCGCGCAGCCUCAGCUCGGUGCCGGACAUCCAGCAGCAGCAGCAGCAACAGGGAUCCAUCACCUCGUCCGGCAGCAGCCCACACGCACACACUCACAAUACACACCCACCACACGCCGGCGUUGCUGUGUCCGUGUCGGCGAACCCGGCGAAUAGCAACAACAGCUUCUCCGCUGCUGCCAACAACAAUGGCACCUCGACGCAAUCCUACAUGCCCCAAAGACGCACCUUGGGUGACUCCAUACGGGAUAUGGGACUCACUGGUGGAACCAUCGCCGAGAGCAUCGCCCUGGCCGCCUCUGCCACUUCUGCAAAUGGGAUCGGACGCGUGUACACAGCCACAUCGCUUCCGUCACACAUCUGGUCCUUCAAUGGUAUCAAGUGCCCUGUUUGCAACAAGUUCGUGCUCCCCGACGACAUUGAAUGCCACCUGGUGAUGUGCCUCACGAAACCACGUCUCUCAUAUAACGAGGAUCUUUUGUCGGACGCCAAGGGCGAGUGCGUCAUCUGUCUGGAGGACUUGAGUCCAGGGGACACAAUCGCACGACUGCCGUGUCUCUGCAUCUAUCACAAAGGAUGCAUCGAUCGUUGGUUUGAGGUGAAUCGCUCCUGUCCCGAACAUCCAGGAGAUUAGUAAUCCUCAUAAGUGUUUGCUGUUGAUGUUUGCUCGUUGAGUUGUUCGUUAUGUAUGAGAUCGGGAAAGUACGGAGGCGGUAGGAAGAGGCGAGAACAAGAACGAGAACUACUGGCAGCAGCACCGUAUCCGUGUCAGACGCCAAGUGCCAGUUGCCAGGUGCCAAGAGGUGCGUGGGUCAGGAGCUCCCCAGGCUACAGUUUGGCCAAAAACAUUAAAGUGGAGGGGCUUCCCUUUAUAGAGCUACAUAUAUCGGAUGAAUUGACUUGCCGGCCCUCUCCCCCUGCGUUGCCGUAACGACCCGAUUGACUGCUGAAACACACAUACAGACCCCACACACCCACACACUCACACAAAUCAAUUGAAAGAAAUUAAUUUACAAAAUGCUAAACUGGCAUUAGGAAUGCAUAUUUUAUGAUGAUAUAGAAACGAGAAACCAACCAACCCACAAACACAAAUACAAAUAAAAACACCAACCACAACAACAACAACCACAACAAGGAAAGAAUGCCACAACGUCGAUGGAUAGAUGCGAGGAGGAGGGAUCGCGGGAUCGCGAGAUCGCAAGAUCGAAAGAUCGAAGGAUAAUGAAAGAUAAUGAUGGAAUGAUGGAAAUGUUAAGCGAAGCAACCAACCAACCAACAAAAGAAUGUCAACCAAUGUGAUGUUAAAUUUUAUAUUUUGUAACUAUAACGAUAAUGCUGUAAUUGUAAAUGUAAUUGUACGAGUACUAUAUGUUUAUGUAUAUGUGUAUGUCUGUGUGUAUGUAUUUAUUAUUUUAAAACAGAACUAAAACACUAGGUUUAAAGAACUAAAAAACAAACCAACAAAAAUGAAACCAAGAACACCACAAAAAACCGCAAGGAGCAAAACUCCCAACACACAACAACAACCCACACAUAUAAUACAAAUAAAAAAAACAUAAAUAUUAUAUGCAAAAUUAGGAAAAAUAAGAAUGGAGAAGAGGGAAGGAAACGUUAGAUAAAAAAGCAAAGCAACCAAAAAAAAAAAACAACAAACAAAAAGAAAAAAAAGAAGCCGCAAAAAUGCGAAAAUCUUAAAUGUAAAUGUUAAACUUCCACACAGAACUUUCAAACUAAGCAAAC